AUGUCAUCAGGUUCUGCAUCUGUGGGGCCGUACCGAGCCAUGUUCGUUGCGGAGGGGAGAUGGCAUUCGAGCCAUUGGGGAGGCACUGUAACGCCUAAUGGAAAUGAGAGGGAACGUUUCAAUCAUUCGUCUUCGAAGACGUUUGAAGAUGAGGAUGAGAAUAAUUUGAAGAUAGCAGACGAGGAGAACAAAAAUGAGUCGGACAAGGAAGCUUCUGAGAAGAAGAAGGCCACGGAGUGCAUCGUUUUCAAGAUCAACGGGACUUUGGAGAGGGAGAUGUCGGAAAAGGAUUCGCGCUUGGAUAUGGUCACGCUGGCCAAAGACUCUUCGGGCGUCAACAAAGACACUGCAUUCCAUGAAAGUGGCCUUUCUUCUCCGCAUCAUCCUCUUCAUCGAGCUCAUAUCUAG